UUUUCGCAAGAUUCAAAAUGAAGCUGAGCACGCUUUGCUUGUUUCAGUAGCUUUCGCAAACUCAACUUUGAUAGAACUAGUGCCAAGCGUUUUGCGGCUUCAAAAGCCAGCGCGUAAGAAAAUUAAUUAAACAAUUAAUAAAGAAAAUAAAAUUGCGUACGAGUAUACAUAUUUGUACAAACAUACUUUAUAUGUAUGCGUAUGAACGUAGUACGUAUAUUUUCAUAAAGAAAUAGUGUUUGUUUUUUUGUUGUUUGGCUGUAUUCGCUUUGCUAAUCAUACGCCGCCCGAUGACUUCAACAUCCAGUACACUAAUAAAUAUUUCUUUGAUAUCAUUAUUGGCGGUGUUUAGCAAUCGUUUGGCUCGAGCCCAAUGCGAUUGGACCUGUGACAAUGACGAAUGCAUCGAUAGCGAAUUUGUUUGUGAUGGCAUGCGGAAUUGUCGCGAUGGUUCGGAUGAAAGUAUAGAAAACUGUUUCGUCAAUGCGACGUGUCCUUCUUAUGCAUUUCGUUGUGCUUAUGGCGCCUGUAUACAGGGUUCUAAGCGUUGUAACAAGCAACGCGACUGUGCGGAUAACUCUGAUGAAUUACCCUUUAUGUGCGAGAUGACGAGAGAUGAAGUGGAAGAAGUUUUACGCGGUAGAUGUGGAGAUUCGGAAAUGCAAUGCGGUACCGGUGAGUGUAUAGAUAGUGAAAAAGCUUGCGAUGGCGUACGCGAUUGCACACUUGGUGAUGACGAGACAUUGGAGAAGUGUGCACCCUUCGGAUGUCCAUCGUACGCACACAAAUGCGCCUAUGGUGGAUGCAUUGCAGGCAAAGCCGCCUGUAAUGGAACCGUAGAGUGUCUGGACGGCUCUGAUGAAUCGUAUGCGCUGUGCGGUGGAAAGCGAAAAAAUUCGAGUAUCACUGGAGCGGGCAUGGUUUAUUUCCCAACAGAUAGAACUAUGGCUGCUACAACAACAAAGGCGCCAACAAAACCACCAGCCACAUACGCCGAAACCGAGUUAACUUUGCCGGUUAAUGAUAGAUGUAAAAUACCGGAAAGUCUUGCGAAUGUAAUUAUCAGAGACGAAUUGCGUGGCACAACUGUGAGAGUCGGCGCAAAGGUGCCGACAAAUACAAUUGUCAGUUUCGCUUGUCAGCCGGGUUUCUACUUAGUGGAUGGUGUUAAGCAAAUGUAUUGCCAAAACCGAGGCUGGCAGAGCAAUCUGCCGAGUUGUACUAAAUUCUGCAAUGCAACCGUGCUGCAAGAAGGCGUUUCAACAAAAGCUAUUUGCUACACUGACGACGGGCUUGUGCCAUGUAAAAAUAUUCAACCGGGCACACGUGCCGAUAUCCGAUGUGAGACGGAGUAUCGAGUCAGGGAAACAUGGCGAGAUACAACCAUGCAGUGCACCAACGAGUAUAAGUGGAACAAACCCAAAUACUCAUGUCAAAUGCGUUGCGGCUAUGUACAAUUGCCGUCGAUAGCAUUCGCCAGUCAAGGACGCAUGGUUAAUGUAACGGAAGCACCCUGGCAUGUGGGUAUCUACAGCAAAUUUAAUGAAAAGGAUUUUAAACGCACUUGCGGCGGAUCCAUAGUUUCGGCGCGCAUUGUUGUUUCAGCUGCACAUUGCUUCUGGGACGAAGCCAACUUGGAAGUAUAUCCAACGAGACUAUACAAAGUUUCUCCUGCACAACUGAUAUCCGUUUAUAUCAUCAAUGAAGGCUCUGAUGUUACUGAGAUAUAUGUGCCAUCAAAUUAUAAAGACCGCGUUGGCUAUUAUGAGGAUGAUCUGGCUAUCGUUAGACUGGUGCAGCAAUUCAAAUUUAGCGAUACAAUUAAGCCAAUAUGUUUUGAAUACAAAAGGCUGGCCGCUGCAAGCAUAGAAACUGGAGAAUUGGGUUUCAUUGUCGGUUGGGAACAUCCCUAUAGAGCGUGUGAAAUACCAGUCAUGCCACCGAAAGAAGCAAACCAAUGUAAGACCAGGAAUCAACUUCAAGAGCGUUUGGUUGCGGAAGUUAACACUCAAAGAUAUGAAGCUAAUGAAGCACAUAUGAAAGUGGUACAACAAUUGCUUGGAUGGGCCCUUUUGAAUGGUCUUGGGUCGUGUACCGAAGGUAUGGGAAUGCUGCAACCUAUGAACAACCAAUCUAGCCAAUGUGGAGAUAAUGUUCAGGGGGCGAGUUUGUCAAAAAAAGCUCGAAAGCGUUUGCGACGUCGGCAACGAGCAGAAGCUGAAAGUGCUGCAGCUGUACGCGCCGGAGCUACUACGCCAAAGGUUAAUACAACUGAGUCCGUUGCACCAAAGACGAAAGAACAACCUCCAAACGUGCCGGUACAAGCCGAUGAAUAUGCAUUUGAGUGCUUGAAAGAUUCCGUUGUGCAAAUGAAGAGCUUAGGCAGAGUAUGCUUGUCCACUUUAGAACCGAAUGCGGGCCGUUUGUAUUGUAUGAGUGUCAUUUAUACGGGACUUAUUGAUGAUCCAAUGAAAUUCCUAUUGCAUGUGCGUUUGCAGCAUCCGAAAAUACGCACUGAUUACUGGAUUAUUGCGAGCAGCAAAGUAUGUACAGGAACGCACGAAACCCAAUUCUUGUUUCUGGUGGACGAGCUGUCGGCACUGGCGCUGGAAUAUCAAUAUCGUUAUAGACUUUUUAUUUGCUUAGAGGAAGCGUUGUUCCACAACCAUGGACAGUUGCCGAAUUUGUUUUAG